GUUUACGUUUGAAUCAGAGGAAGGCCCCUAGAUAUUCCCUCCCUGUUUGUGGACGGCAGAAUUAUUCGAUCGUGAGCUCAGUCCCCAAAAUCAGAUCCAUCCGGUCCAACCGCGAAUAACCGAGUUCAAUUCGGAGAAUGCAAGAUUGUGCGUCGGAGAAUUACGUGCAAGGAUCUGUUGUUCAGAUAGAUCACCGGAGCCUCGGCGGACGUGUCCGAAUCAAGGUACCUGACAGUGAAGGUACAUAUGCCGAAGCGCGCUUCGACCGAUCGAGUCUGGUGGUGGACGGAAGGUACAUCAGUGAGAUCAUCCCGGGAAUUCAAGUCAACUGCCUGCUCAGACUUGACGAGGAUGACGGACUCAGAGCUCUGAAGAUGGUUCCGUUAGAGCACAUGAUCUACGAGGGCUUCAUCUCGGAUAUCAAACGUCUGGAGGGACUCGCCGAAGUAACCAUUGCGGACUUGAGCACACCGAUAGUUUUCUGUCGCUCCCAUUUGGACGAUCACGACGACUUUCGGAGACUACGGACCGGAGACCGAGUUCGGAUAGAGAUCGGAUUCAACAACUUCAUUUCCAAACGGAAACCGCCGCGCCCGAACCGCGUCGCUCUCCUAGAUGAAUCCGGUGACCCGGAUCACAUGCGACUCCGACCCGCCCUACGCCGAUCCAGUAGUUUCAGCCGGCGGUCCACGAGUGCGGACCGCGAAUAUCGCGACAAUCCGGGCCGACGGAGGUGCCCGAGUGAAAGCGAUGUCUAUCACGAAGAUCAUUGCCGGAUACCUUCCGCUGGGGAUAACUACGAACCGUAUCAUCCGAGAAAUCCCACGCCCGCUUGGGGUAGACCGAAUUCACCUUUGUUGCCAUUUUUCCCGGUGAUGCCUUGCGGCCGAUCGCCGAUCAUGCCCCAAUCGGCCGCAUGGAUGCCUCGGCCGCGAUGCAUGGCCAUGUCGUCGGGAGCCCAGGGGUUCCCGCCUCAACCUAGGGGACUGUUGCCUCCCGCUAUCGCCGGACUCCAUCGAGCGUCCCCCGGGAUGCUGCUUCCCCAAACGUUCCACAAUCAAUCGGCCCACCCCUCAUCGAGACUGUACCCGCAUCCGCAUGCCAUGUUUCCCUCACAAAGUUCAGUGUCGAUGUCGGACUCUGGCUUUGAGCACGAAAUGACGAGAUCCGCUUCUGGCAUGUCGUACUUCGAUGAUUCGCACGAUAUCAGAUUGGGGGAUCUGGAUGACUCGCAGGUCCUCCUCGAGAUGACCGUCGAUCAACUGAGGAAUUUAAUGCUCGAGGGCUCUUGUAAAAACAUCCACAACCAUGAUUAA